AUGGCGCUCGUUGAGAGCGAGGCGCUGCAUGCGUCUCAUGGGGGGCCUUCUCCGUCCUCUUCUCCCCCUCCUGGCACUUCAUCUACUUCUCCUCAGCCACUUUGUACAGCGACUGGCCCUCCUCCUUCUCUAGGUAUCUUCCCUCCUAUUGAGUCGGUAGAGGGUUUGAAUCUGAACGCGGAGCAGCUUCAGAAGGUGCGUUCUUUGCGUGCAAUGGUGGAUUCGUUUCCUAUUGUGGACGAGUUGCGAGAAGAGGCGCCAGCAGCAAAAGAGAAGAGUUGGCUGUCAGGCAUGUUCAGCAGGAGCAGCAGCAGCAACACAACAAAGAAAGAAGUAGAGGAAUUAACGUGGGAGGAGGUAUUGUGGCUGUCUAAUGAUCUUAUUCUUUGGCGUUAUCUACGAAGCUACAACUGGGAAGAAGCCGUAGCUCAGCAACAGCUUCUGCAAACAAUCAUAUGGCGAAGAGAGCCUCAGUCGACUCGUGCUGCACAGGACUACACUUUAUACACUUUAGAGAAGGCGUUACGUUCAGUAUGUGUUGGUAGUGAUAGAGAUCAGUUGGUUUUUCUUGUAGACUUUGCGGGUUUUAGAGUUAGCCAGGUGCCUUCUAUGGAUGUAAGCAGAGAAGUUGUUCAAAUUCUAAAUGAACAUUAUACUGACAUUCUAGCGAAAGCUUAUAUGCUCGAUGCUCCCGCCUACUUAGAUGGUCUCUGGCGUAUUGUUAAGUUAAUGCUGCACCCACUAACAGCCAGCAAAGUUGAGUUUGUCAGUACAACAAACCCUCAACAGCGCAGCAAACUUAUACAGCGUAUUCCUCCGCGUUUCUUAGAGAAGACUCUCGGAGGUACAUGCGAAGCUGUCUACGAUCAUGAGGUGUACUGGGAAGCAGAAAGAGAGUACCACAAUCAAAUUCAAGUACAUACACAGCAAGCCAUAGCCAGUAUGAAGCAAGACAACAAAUUCGCACCCAGAACAAACACAAACACAAACUUAAACUUACCCCCCCAAACACCAGCAGAAACAGCAGGAGAUACAGCUGCGGAGGCAGCAGCAGGUGCAGCAGCAGGAGCAGCAGCGGAACCGGGUGCUGCUGCUGCUGAGCAGCAACAAAGUGAAGCUGCAGACAACGAAUAG